UGGAGCGCGACGCGUGCGAAACGUCAACAGAGGUGUUGCGGAGCUUCACGUGUGAAAGUUGGACAGACAAAUGUUUUUGUGGGCUCCCAGUUGACAGCAGCGGCACCGUCCAGGACAUGGGUUCUGGGGGUUCUGUUCGCUGGGCUUUUCGCUGUGGCGCGUGGACACCGAGCAGGUCCGAGUGGCUGCUCGCGGCUCGCUGCGUUCAGCGCGAGGAGAAGGACAGAAUCGGACAGUUUGUGUUCGCAAAAGAUGCAAAGUCAGCGAUGGCGGGGAGACUGCUGCUCAGGAGAUUGGUGUCUGAGAAGAUGGAGAUUCCUUGGUCAGAGGUCCGUCUGGAGCGUUCUCCCAGAGGGAAGCCUUACCUGGCAACACCAUUCAAGGUCUGUUCAGAUUCUGAUCCUGAUCCCUGUGCCUGGAGUUUCAACAUUUCCCACCAGGGGGAGUAUGCCGUGCUGGCUGCAGAGCAGGGGCUGCAGGUUGGUGUGGAUGUUAUGAAGACCACCAUGUCAGGUAGCAACUCAGUGUCCGACUUUUUCCGCAUCAUGACUCGUCAGUUUACAGACUACGAGUGGAGUGUUAUCCAAUCAGCCAGCUCAGAGCGCCAGCAGCUCUCCAUGUUCUACCGCCACUGGACCCUGAAGGAGAGUUACAUCAAAGCCAUUGGUACAGGACUGGGCUUCAACCUGCAGAGGGCAGAGUUUCACCUCUCCACUGAGCCACUAAUGCCAGGCUACACCCUCCGUCAGACCAAAAUGCUUCUUGAUGAAGAGGAACAAGAGGACUGGAUAUUUGAAGAAAGCUUGCUAGACACUGACCAUCAUGUUGCUGUGGCGCUUGGACCAGCAGCUUGCAGGCCUGUGCCUUCAUCCCUCGCUCUUCCCUCCACAUUUUUGCUGCUGUCGUUCAGUGACCUCAUGGAGUUGGCUUCACCUCUAACAGAGGAAGACGCUGCUUUCUGGGACAACUUCAAGACGAAGGCAGAAGCACCUCAGAGACAGAGAGAGACACACCCAUGUCCAGAUAACUGUCCGUUUUAGUUGUUUAAAUGAAGAUGAAGCUGAAAAGUCAAAGAUCAUUGACCCUGACCUCUGCUGUUCACGUUUAAAAACUAAAUGAUUCCGUAAAGUUGGUUGAGUCAUUAAUCCUGAAUAAUUUCACUGAUGUUGAUUGGCUCAGUCAUCAUCAAGGAUUUUCUGUCUCUGUGUUUCUCUUUGUGGUAUUUGUAAACAAAGUGAAAAUGAAAAGCUGAUAUUGUGUGUCUGCAUCUCUCCCUUAUUAAACAUGAGUCAAGAGCAAUCGUUUUUAUUAUG